AUGUAUCGAUACUUAUUUUGGAAACGGACAGGCCCAACUAUCGUACAAGUUAACGGCACACCUAUCGCUUAAAAAUAAAAUGUAAAUAAAUUUCAAAGGUCGUACAAAGAAUGCAAGUUAAGUCAAGGGACAGCGACUCCGAAUCUGAGGAUGACGCCCAGAUGCGCCAGUUCCUGGAGGCGGCGGACACCACGCUGCUCACAAAUGCCAUGUUUCAAUCGCAGCCAAAGGCGGAAGUGCGCGAGGCAGCCAACGAGGAGCAGCCGGUGACCACAAAAAAAAAUAAUGCACCACCGGUUAAAAGUGAACGCUAUGUGGAGGAUCAGGACGCGCCUGCCAGCGAUCUGCAAAUCUCGCUGGAGAUGCAAACGCACAUCUGGAAAAGGUUGAGUGGCAUAAUUCAGGAGCAAAUCGAGUUCUCCCUGGAUGCACCCAAUUGCGUGGGCAAACAGAAGCCCCCACCCGACAAAGUAAAACUGGUGUCCAAUGCCGAUUGCUACUUGAUUGCCGAUUUGGUGGAGGAAGGUCCUCCGGGCCCAAAAAAGAAACCCACCAUAAGGAGACGGACCCCCAAAGAAGAACAAUGCGCAACUGAAGCUCUGAACUCUGUGGUCGUCACUGGUAAAUCCAUACUGGAAGGCAGGGACUUGUUAGCCUGGGCCCAGAAAAGAACGCGCCACGACAAAGUCUUCCAGUACAGAGCCAGCAAUCCAAAUGCAACCAAGCUAGUGGCAAUCGAACCCACCAACGAGUUUACCAAGCGAAGGCGACAAAACAAUUGGAACGAGUCGAGGAUUAGCAAAAAGAAGAGCAAUAAACAAAACAAGUAAUUAAAACUAUUUAA